AUGGGGAAUAUUGACAUUGAAUCACUUGAACCACUGAGGCCAACUGAAGAAGAAGAACAUACUCUUAAUGCAUUAUUUAGUUAUAAGGCUGCUCUCAAAGAUUCAGCGUUCUACAUUACUACACCUUCACCGGCAGUAGAGGUCCAAAGAUAUUCUGAUCAAUUCAAGCGAAAACGACCAAAUCAUUCUUUAAAAGAUCUAAAAACAGACUUGAAGUUUUUUCCCGAAGAACUACGGAUUAUUAAGAAUGAUUCGCUAGCUUCAACCAGUGUACUCAAAG